UAAGACUUUUAGAAUCAACAAGGAGAUAUUUUCUAUGCUACUUGAAGAAAUAACACAAAAACUGAAAGUUACAUAUAGAAGUACACACACUCCAGCACCAAUUAAGCUUGCAACGUUUUUAGCAUUUAUAGCGUCGGGUGCACAAAAAUCAUCUGAUGGCACUGAAUAUCCCUCAAAGUCUCUAGUGUCUAAAAUAAUAUGUGAAAUGUUAGACAUCUUCGAAGAACACUUAUAUCCCAAGUGGGUAAAAUUCGAAAAGAACCAAGAAGAUGAAAACCUAACAAAAGAGUAUUUCUACAAUAAAACUGGAAUAGCCGGUAUAGUAGGUUGCGUUGCUAAUACACAAGUAAGAAUAAAGACUCCCGCCAAAGAGGUGAGGCAUCUUUACAAAAAUAGUAAAGGUUAUUCAAGUUUGAACGUGAUGCUGAUAUGUGAUCAUAAUAUGGCCAUAACAUAUGUAGACGCUAAUCAACCGGGAUCUUUUAACAAUGCCUACGUUUGGGACCACAGUUCUGCAGAUAAUUACUUGAGAACUAAUUAUUUAAAUGGAAAAGUAAAUACUUGGGUAAUUGGUAAUUCCACUUAUAAGUUAUUACCCUAUAUGAUGACUCCCUAUAGAAAUCAAAUCAGCGACCAUCAACAGUUAUUUAAUGAAAAACACUGGGAAAUAAGAGAUAUUACAAAGCAGUGUAUUAAUAUUAUGAAAAAUCGUUUUAGGUGCUUAAUUACGCCCACAGGUUUGCAAUAUAUUCCGGAGAAAGCUGUGAAAAUUGUAAUCACUUGUUGCAUCCUGCAUAAUAUUUGUAUAGCAUAUAAGCAAAAUUGGCAGCCUUGUGAUACUUGUGGCGACGAUAUUGUCAAUGAAGGCGAUAUGGGCACAAUUGAAACGACUGGCGACGAAUGCGCUCUAUCUAACUUUAUAAGAGAUGAAAUUGCGAGAAACUUGUAUUGUUUACAAACAAAUUCGUUUGUUUCAUAAUAAAGUUUUUAUGUAUGUCUUUAUGUUUAUAAAAAAAA